AUGGAGCUUGCCGAGCUAGAGCAGGCACUGCGCAGGGUCCCGGGGUCCCGGGGGGGCUGGGAGCUGGAGCAGCUGAGGCCAGAGGGCAGAGGGCCCACCACUGCGGAUACUCCCUCCUGGAGCAGCCUCGGGGGACCUGAGCAUCAAGAGAUGAGCUUCCUAGAGCAAGGAGAGAGCCGUUCAUGGCCAUCCCGAGCUGUAACCACCAGCUCAGAAAGAAGCCAUGGGGACCAGGGGAACAAGGCCUCUAGAUGGACAAGGCAGGAGGAUGUAGAGGAAGGGGGGCCUCCGGGCCCGAGGGAAGGUCCCCAGUCCAGGCCAGUUGCUGAGUCCACCGGGCAGGAGGCCACAUUCCCCAAGGCCACACCCUUGGCCCAAGCCGCUCCCUUGGCCGAGGUGGACAACCCCCCAACAGAGCGGGACAUCCUCCCCUCUGACUGUGCAGCCUCAGCCUCCGACUCCAACACAGACCAUCUGGAUCUGGGCAUAGAGUUCUCAGCCUCGGCGGCGUCGGGGGAUGAGCUUGGGCUGGUGGAAGAGAAGCCAGCCCCGUGCCCAUCCCCAGAGGUGCUGUUACCCAGGCUGGGCUGGGAUGAUGAGCUGCAGAAGCCGGGGGCCCAGGUCUACAUGCACUUCAUGCAGGAGCACACCUGCUACGAUGCCAUGGCGACCAGCUCCAAACUGGUCAUCUUCGACACCAUGCUGGAGAUCAAGAAGGCCUUCUUUGCUUUGGUGGCCAACGGCGUCCGAGCGGCACCUUUGUGGGACAGCAAGAAGCAGAGCUUCGUGGGGAUGCUGACCAUCACAGACUUCAUCUUGGUGCUGCACCGCUAUUACAGGUCCCCCCUGGUCCAGAUCUACGAGAUUGAAGAACAUAAGAUUGAGACCUGGAGGGAGAUCUACCUUCAAGGCUGCUUCAAGCCUCUGGUCUCCAUCUCUCCCAAUGACAGCCUGUUCGAAGCUGUCUACGCCCUCAUCAAGAACCGGAUCCACCGCCUGCCGGUCCUGGACCCUGUCUCCGGGGCUGUGCUCCACAUCCUCACACAUAAGCGGCUUCUCAAGUUCCUGCACAUCUUUGGCACCCUGCUGCCCCGGCCCUCCUUCCUCUACCGCACCAUCCAAGAUUUGGGCAUCGGCACAUUCCGAGACUUGGCCGUGGUGCUGGAAACGGCGCCCAUCCUGACCGCACUGGACAUCUUCGUGGACCGGCGUGUGUCUGCGCUGCCUGUGGUCAACGAAACUGGACAGGUAGUGGGCCUCUACUCCCGCUUUGAUGUGAUCCACCUGGCUGCCCAACAAACAUACAACCACCUGGACAUGAGUGUGGGAGAAGCCCUGAGGCAGCGGACACUGUGUCUGGAAGGCGUCCUUUCCUGCCAGCCCCACGAGACCUUGGGGGAAGUCAUUGACCGGAUUGUCCGGGAACAGGUGCACCGCCUGGUGCUCGUGGAUGAGACCCAGCACCUUCUGGGCGUGGUGUCCCUCUCUGACAUCCUUCAGGCUCUGGUGCUCAGCCCUGCUGGAAUUGAUGCCCUCGGGGCCUGAGAACCUUGGAACCUUUGCUCUCAGGCCACCUGGCACACCUGGAAGCCAGUGAAGGGAGCCGGGGACUCAGCUCUCACUUCCCCUCAGCCCCACUUGCUGGUCUGGCUCUUGUUCAGGUAGGCUCCGCCCGGGGCCCCUGGCCUCAGCAUCAGCCCCUCAGUCUCCCUGGGCACCCAGAUCUCAGACUGGGGCACCCUGAAGAUGGGAGUGGCCCAGCUUAUGCUGAGCAGCCUUGUGAAAUCUACCAGCAUCAAGACUCACUGUGGGACCACUGCUUUGUCCCAUUCUCAGCUGAAAUGAUGGAGGGCCUCAUAAGAGGGGUGGACAGGGCCUGGAGUAGAGGCCAGAUCAGUGACGUGCCUUCAGGACCUCCGGGGAGUUAGAGCUGCCCUCUCUCAGUUCAGUUCCCCCCUGCUGAGAAUGUCCCUGGAAGGAAGCCAGUUAAUAAACCUUGGUUGGAUGGAAUUUCCACACUCG